GCUCAAGCUGCAGUGCGUCCGUCCCAAUGGCCAGUACGACGGGACUUCAGACACCGCCUAUGAGUCUGGGCCAAGCGACUUUGCCGCUGCAUCCUCCCAGCUUCAAGACAGCUUCCGCCAGCAAGCUCCCAUGCAGCAACAGUCGAUGAUCCCCGGAGGCCAGAAGCCCAACCCUUCCAUGUACGCGGCCCAAGGCGCGUAUUCAGAUCACAACGUCUUCCCGCAGGUGCCUUACUCCGACGGAUCCAGCCAGCACAACAUCCACUACACCACUGUGUCGCCCUCCGUCGGCAUGAUGGAUCAGUCCUACGCCGGCCAGAACGUGUUCCCGACACCGCCUAUGCAACAGAGCUCGCGCGCGGAUUCACCUCCCGACACCUACUCGAAUGAUGGAUCUUACCAGCAAGCAGAUCUUGCCGACCUCAUGGGCUCCUUGAAGGUGAACGAAGCAGGCACAGCGCCCUACCUCAGGAACAAGGCCUCUUUCAGACGGGAGGAGGAACCGGUGGUGGAAGAGCCUGAUGACUAUCAGGAGCUUCUCCCUCCUCUGCCAUCCGGGCCUGGUCUUAAGAUUCGCAUCCCGCCUGAACUGAUGCCAGACGACGACACCGCCAUGCACUACUUCGAGCUCUUCUUUACCCAUGUGCACCCAUAUGUCCCGGUUCUGAGCAAGCCCAUGUUCUACCACCAGUGGAACACCAACAGGCAGUCAAUCUCACCCCUCAUUCUUGAGGCCAUUUUCGCCAUGGGCGGAAGACUCGCGGACGAUCCCGGUGAGGGACAGCAGUGGUUGGCUUUGGCGUCUAAGCACGCCGAUUCCUUUAUGGAUGUUCCAAGACUCAGCACCCUACAGGCUCUGUUGCUCAUCUUGAAGGCUAGAGAAGCGGCACCGAAGCGCGGUUACUACUACAGAUCCUGGAUGACGAUUGUUCAAUGCGUGCAGAUGGGCAAGGAUCUCGGCCUGGACGAGCACUACACCGAUCAUCAAAUGGGACACCCUUGUGGCUCUUCUCCCGCGGAGUGCCAGAUGAAGACCCGGAUUUGGCAAUCCAUCUUUGUCGGUGAAGUGAUGAUCGGAUCUCCUCAGGGCCGAUACGACCUCUCCGUGGACCUGGAUUCCAUCGAUUUCAACGUUCCACGCCCCAUUCCCGGCGGCGACGAAUCUGAGUACCACAUCACCCGGAACUUCACGUACUUCGCACGAGUCGUCCGCAACGUUAGCCGCAUGAACAGCACUUACGGCCGCCUUAAGAAGAAGAAGACGAAGGACUGGGGUGUCGACCCCGAGUUUGUGCAGCUCAACCCAGCUCUGCAGUCUUGGAUGAGCGAUCUCCCGGCGGACCUAUCUGUGACCUUCCCCCCGGAUGGAUCGCCUCCGUGGCUCUCGUCGCCUUACAUUGGCAAUCUGCAUUCGUACUACUAUUUGACACUCAUCCUGCUCCACCGACCGCAGCUGAACUUCCUUGAUCCCAACUCAACCGACGGGCAAUGGAAACAGCACAUGAUGAUCUGCUAUUCAGCUGCCAAGGCCCUGUGUCGACUUCAGGAGGCAGUACUGAACAACUUUGGAUUCUCUGGGUUGCAAUGCAUGCUCCGUGGUUUCAGUUUCACUGUCUACUGCGGAUUGUGCUGCAUUGUUCUCCAUCUGGUGGCCGUCGUCUCGCCGGAUCCGGAUCUGAACACUGAUGCUCGCGAAUACUUCACGCGCCACAUGCGUGUCCUCGAGAAGGUCAUGAGUGUGUGGCCGAUGCAGGACCUCCAGAAGCAGGUCGACGCGUUGAGAGAGGCGUUCUCUGCUGACACCAGGAAACAAUUCGUGCUCAAGCCUAGCUUCCCCUACGGCAGCCCGCAGUCCUCCAACCAUUCUAGCCCUCCUCGUGGUUACAGACCGGGUAUGGCUCGCACUGGCUCUCUGGACCAUCAGUUGGACACGCAAAACCUUCAACACUCCCAAGUCAGUUAUACCAGCCACCCCAUCACACCUCCUAUCUCUGCCGGACCUGUGGAUACCAAGAGUGACUCGCCUGCUAUACAGUCACUCGUAAUGAUGGCGAACCAAGGAUCCCAAGCACCGGGGAUGCCUCAGACCAUGCCGCUGGCGAGUGCGCCAGCUUGGAACCCUGCGAAGAUUUUUGAGCAAUGGAACACGUCUUUCGGUACGCCUCAGGUCCAACCACAGCCUUCGACGCUGCCUCCCCAGUCCAAUUCGCUUAGUGUUUCUCCGUCUUCAGGUGCACCCGAAGCCCCGUCUCUUCAAGACAUACAGGCAGUUAAUGCCACUCUCCCCGUGGCCUCUCAGCAGAUGGCGCCGCAGUAUACGGCUGCGCCAGUCCAGUCUUUCAUCUCGCCUGCUAUGUGGCAAGAGUCCGUGGCGAGUGUCUACGAGGGCGGCUUCAAGCGGGCCUGGGACUACGACGGCAACAGUGGUCCGAUGAUGAAACGGCGUUGA